UGGCUAAGUUUUAGCUUGCGACGGGCAUCGUUUUUAACCUUUGCAGAGGUAGAAACGAGAAUUUGAUUAUUUAUACUUUAUUUCGUUGCAAGUCUACUUUUUCAGUUUUUCGGUUUACAUUUAUUAUAAAGUCCAUCAUGGCCAUCGGUGAUUAUCCGGCCGAGUAUAACCCUAAAAUACACGGACCUUAUGAUCCAGCUCGCUACUAUGGUAAACCGGAUACUCCUUUUUCGCAAGUAAAACUCAAAGAGAUUGGCCAAUGGAUAUCUCGUCGCAACAAAUCACCGCAAGCUAUUGUGGGUGCUUUUAGCCGUGCUUACUGGAGAUGGUCACACAAGUAUGUCCAGCCUAAGCGUGUAACAAUUGCUCCAGUAUUACAUAUUAUUACGGGAUCCAUGUUGUUCUUCUAUGUUCUUAAUUAUGGUAAAUUCAAGAAUCAUCGCACCCAAAAGUACCACUAAUAAAAUAUGUUCACAAUUUUAGAAAUCAUUUAAAUAGUUUGUUUCUUUUUACAACGUUAUAAAAUACAUAAAAAUAUUUUUAACAAUAAUUUUGUUUAUUAAUAGUUUUGGAUGUAACAUAUAGAAUUAAAAAAUGCUGUUAUUAUACUAUAAUUUAUAUUGAAUUCAUAAGAAAAAUUUCUAAAUAAACUGUAGUAUGUUACCCAAUAAAGUAAUAUACUUAAUUAUUUUUUAA